AUGACACGAUCCUUGGCAAUGGCUUCUUCAUCAAUGUUGUGUCCAAAGCUGGGGAAUUGGGCAGUGUCACAUGCAAAGUUCCAAGUUUUUCAAAUCUCUUCAAAGUUCUCUCCACUGGGUCGAGGCCUUUUCUCACCUUGGAAUGGUUUAAAGCAUCUGGGUAUCUCAGCUAAACCGAAACCCCUUCUUCACAUAGCUACAAAGGGAGGGUGUAAGGGUAAGGUGGUUUACGCUUCUCUCUUCGGGGUUGGAGCUCCUGAAGCUUUGGUAAUUGGGGUCGUUGCUUUGUUGGUUUUUGGUCCUAAAGGUCUUGCUGAGGUUGCUCGAAAUCUGGGAAAAACAUUGCGGGCAUUUCAACCCACCAUUAGGGAGCUUCAGGAUGUUUCAAGGGAAUUUAAGAGUACACUUGAACGGGAGAUUGGUCUUGAUGACAAUUUAAGUCCAACCCAGAACACAUACAACUCCAAUGUAAGCAAUACAAGAUCAACAUCAUCAUCCACUGUUGACCCUAAUGGAACACCAGAUUCUACAAAAGUAUACAGCUCAGAGGAAUAUCUUAAGAUUACAGAAGAGCAGCUGAAUGCAUAUGCUACACAACAGCAGGGGCAAACACCUCCCAAGGAAGGUGAGGAUGAGCCUCAAAUCCAGCCUCCUGCUGAAGAAACAGCCGCUGCUGUGCCUCCACCGAAGAAGCCCGAAAGUGAGACGUUACCUCUGGAUUCAUAG